AUGGCAUCUGUUCUCCUUUACUCUCUGGGCAUACUCGUUCUUGUCGCCAUCUUUUCAACUCCCGUGUUCGCAAGAAGUCAGUUCCAACACUGGUAUGCCGAAUAUGGCUUUAUUUUCGAUCGGAUUAUUCAAGAGAAUUGCACAUCUGAGUAUGAUUUCUAUGAGGCGGGCCGCACAAACAGGACAUACUGGUUAGACCUUAGCCGAUGGCUGGGUUCUGGUCCUGAACGUUCCGAACAGUUGACGGUGCCAUUGAUCAACUGCAUUAUGGAAGCGUGCCCCGAAUUCAUGAAAAGUGAUAUGGCUAGUGCCAACGUGCUGCUAGGGUUAGCUCCAGGGAUACUCGCAGUACUUGGCUCUAACGUUGACGAGACAUCCUUACUUGCGGUAGUCGGAAAACGACCUUUUCUUGCGAUCGCAUUAGCUGCUGGUUCCCCCGCCGUGGUUCCCCUGCGUCCGCUUGAGUACCGAAGUCCCCUCGAAGGUCUGAGGCCUCGCGAUGACGAGGUCAAGCCCAGAUUGUUCUCUUUCUACAUCGAUGGGCUGAUUUCAAUGCUCGAAUAUGCCUUCGUGGUGGCUGCUAUCGCCAACGUCGCACAACUCAGUUAUGAGCUAGGAUUUGAUACAGCUCUCGCAUUUGCACCGGGUUAUCCUUAUUUGAUUCUGCUUUGGUCCUUCUUUGGGCCGAUUGCUCAUGUACUAGCAGCGCUGAGUUUACUUUUCCGUGCACGCUCGAUCCACCACGUCUCUCGGGGAAUGUCUCUGCGCAGUUGUCUUUCCCAAAUGGCACAGGGGAUAGGUCUGCCUUCUCGAAUCCGUACGAUUCGCGACGAUAUCUUUAGCGACGAGGCGACCUUUCACAGUUGGAUGCGGUGGUUUUUCAUCGGCUAUUCACGGGAGAAUCUACCCCCAAAAAUGACCAUCAAACGCGAGAAUAUCUACAUUUUGGUUUAUAAUGCAGUUUUGGCUGUCAUGAUAUCCUGCCACGUUGUUCUAGGUACACUGGUGUUCUCAAGUAUGUUGUUCAUCUCGGCCCGAGAUGCUGUUUAUAUCCUUGGGCGUUUUAUGUCAUCUGUGAUUGUGUGCCGGGUCGUGCUCGCAUAUGAGCUGGCUAAGCUUCGAUUACUGUACAACAUUGACGACCCGAUACCUUCGGUGGCAGGUGAAAAUGGGAAUUAUCACGAACUUGUGACAUUGAGCCAUAGUACUAAAAAAUGA